AUCUUUCUCACUUUUUUAUCCGUCAAACCUUGCAGCCUUUCGUUCCACCUUUCCCUUUCGUACCUGCUCUUUUCAACUGUGUCACUUUUUUAAUGUUCUCAUCCUCAGUGCUCGAUCUGCCUACGCAUGUCGAAUCGGCUGAGAUGGGCUUUGGCAAAAGCCUAGCCUUCGACGCAACAUCAACAUCGUUUGUCGGAUUCCUAAAGCACUCGUUGAGUAUCAUUUUGGACAACCAAGAGUCAAAGCAGAUCUUUUACUUUUUACUGCUCAACUUAUCAUACAUGUUUGUGCAACUCGCGUACGGUGUAUGGACAAACUCGCUCGGUCUCAUUUCAGAUGCCAUUCACAUGUUCUUUGAUUGUCUUGCACUGGCUGUGGGUCUGUUCGCUUCCGUCAUGAGCAAAUGGCCUCCAAACCCAAAGUACUCCUAUGGAUACAACCGCAUCGAAACGAUCUCUGCCUACUUUAACGGCGUAUUUCUGGUAUUGAUUUCUGUAUCUAUUGUCGUUGAGGCUAUCGAACGUUUGAUCGAUCCACCAGAAAUGAACACCCAACGAUUAUUGCUGGUCAGCUUCGUUGGUCUUAUCGUCAACUUGGUGGGCAUUUUUGCAUUCAAUCACGGCCAUGGUCACGGCCAUAGCCAUGGUGGACACGAUCAUCACCACCACCACGGACACGAUCACGGUCAUGGUCACAGUGCCAACAUGCAAGGCGUGUUUUUGCAUAUUUUGGCGGAUACCCUGGGCUCAGUGGGUGUGAUUAUAUCGACACUUUUGAUCCAAUGGUUCGGAUGGACCGGAUUCGACCCUAUUGCAUCCAUGUUUAUCGCUAUUUUAAUCGUCCUUUCCGUCAUUCCGCUUAUUCGACAAUCAGGUGCCGUGUUGAUGCUCGAGCUAGACGACCAUGUCGUCAAUCAAGUAGAGGGUACGCUAAAUGAGUUGACACAACAAAUCAAAGGUGUCAUAGCUGUCAACCAGCCACGAUUCUGGCCCAAUGAGGCUGAGACGCUUGUUGGAUCGUUGCACGUGCAAGCACACGAUGACGUUGAUUUGCAAGACAUUCGACGCCGUGUAUCCGAACUCUUGAUGAGCCAUAUCGAUGGUUUAAAGGAAGUCUGCGUCCAAGUAGAAACGGAAUCGGCUGCUCGUUCUCGCUUAAAGGCUCACCAUCAGCAUCAAACAAAAAGUGGAAGCGGAUUCUUUUAUGGAAACUCUCCUGCUGUAAGCUCACCCUCUUUUCAUCAACACCACCAUAAUCAUUCUGGAGCUACCACUGCCACAGCUGUCAACGGAGGUAUCAACCAGCAGAUGAAUUUCCGGAUGACAAUGCCUCCGCAGCCAAAUGUCGCUGCUAUGAGUGCAGCCAAUAAUGGUAGCGGUGGUGUUGGCGGUACAUCGCCUGCAGAUCCUUCUCCCAUUCCUUCAUACCAUCAUCAACCUUACGCUCCACCACCUCAUGGCACCGCUUCUACUGCUCCUGCACCACCACCUUCAUCAUCCCCUGUUCCCAGCUUAAUGAAAAAGCAAACCAAAAAAGAAUAAGUUGUGUAUACAUUUAUCUAUUCCUCCCUAUCUGCUCAUGUAAAUGUAAAAUCAAAACUGAGAAAAUUGCUAUGGUUUUUUACAAUUCUUUGGAUCUUUAAAGCCGUUGCUAUAUAGCCAUUAUCUGUAAAUUUAGUAAUCAUGCGUAUGUAGCAGGUUGUAUCAAC